GUUUUUUUUGUUACCCUUUUUCUACAACCGAACCAAGAUGAUGAACAAACAGGAGCUGAACCACCACCUUGUUCAACUUAAGUGGUAGGACAAAAGAUUGGAUUACUUGGAGAUUGACGAUUACUUAAUUUCAUAUCAAAGAUUUACAUAAAAUAAACUCUUGGACUGUGGAAGAACACAUGGAUUUAUUCAUUUUUAUGUUUGUUCCCUCCUCCUUUGUCUAAGUUUUGGAUUAUUCAUUGAAUUGAAAGAGCACCUGUUUUCCUUGUUCCCUGUUCUAAUUAUUUCAUUACAUUAUUUAAACCUUACUUUGUUGUAUUGUUUCAUUGAUAUUUUCACAUCCUGGGCUCCAAUUUAAGUAUUCACGGUGUCUUUAGUCAAUUUCCAUUCAAAAUCAUGUAGGAAUAACAAUUUUUCUCACAUCUUACAUGUGGGAUUUAAAUUUGCACACCAUCAAACAGGCUGAAAGUCUGAUUUUACACCAGUUUGACAGUCGAUCAAUGCAUCUUUUUCAGCCUUUAGAUUCAUUUGUGUAAGUGUCUAAGGAGAGAGGAGAGUGCUUGAACAUUUACUCGCCAGUCAUUUACCACUUUUAAAAGAUAAACAUCACAACUUGAAGUUUGUGAUUACGCUGGAAAUAUGUCACUUGAUAGUUUACAGGGAUUUUCAUUUUAACGCCUACAACGCAGCCUGAUUCUUUUUGAAUUUCUCUUUACGGAAAAGAAAACAUUAACAGCCACAUUUUCAGGUUAAUUUAUGGUCUCUGAGAUUGGCUGAUUAUUGACAACAGUGCAAAACAUUUUAACUAAGUGAGUCUGAGUUAUCUCACCUGCAGGGGUCAAAAGUUGGGUCAGGGGGUACAUUUCAAAAGUUAAUGAGGAAGCUGAGAUUGAGAUUGUGAGCUGUAUUGGAGCUGCUUGUUAUCUUAAGAGCCGUGUGACAUCUCUAUCUGUGAAAUAGCCCCACAUAUAUGACAUCUGAGUAUUUGAGCACGAGUCAGGCACUGCAGAAACUUACAGACUGUCUCAAUAACUGGCAAUUGAUGGUGAUUUAAUAUAGCGCUAGUAUAUGUGAGAGAUAAUGUGUAAACAGCCAAAAUGACUUUACUGCUACGUUGUUUACAACCUUGUUCAAUACUGUAUAGCAGUUUAUCUUUAUGAGCUCCCGUUUAGAUUAACCUCCCACGUGUACAAGUGACGUUUACAUACAAAGGCAAGGAAAGAGGAGGCAGCUGCAUGGAGCAAGUUGACUUGUUUGCCUCCUCCUGCUCCUCUCUCUGCUUGCCUCUCUCUACAUGUGGCUGCCUAUGUACAACAUACUGGUUUGAGCUGCUCUGCUGUUUCCCUACAUGUUUCACACCUUGCUCUGUAAAGUGGUUAAUCAAUGAGAUGCAAGGUUCGGUUUGAGUGGCUGUUCAGCGAGGGUGUGAUGUGAAUUCCAGUAAGCUUAUUAAAGAAUCUGUAGCACAGCUCUGUACAGACAUUUGUGGCGUUUUUGGAGAACGCAGUAUUUUCUCCCUCUGUUUUGGCGUUACAUUCUCAUGCGAACAGAUCUGUAUGACAGUGACAACAAAGGAUUUGGAAAACUGUUUUGUCUGUAUUCAUGGAGACAAGCUGAAAAGGGGAUUUUGGCGGAUACUGAUGUGAUUACUUUAACUUGUGUAUGUACACAUACGCCAUAUCAUGUCUUAUUAUAUCAACACAACUCACUUUCACUGGACACACCUGCUCUUUUUCAGCUUUUGAGCUGUAGAAACGGAAGGUUAAAGUUAAACAGGAACCGAUUCUCUUUUACGACAAGAGGGAAUGUGAUGUAAACCAGUUUAAGAUUGAGUUUUCAACUCGUAAAAUCUUGAUAAGAAUCUUGGACAGCUCCUACGUCUGAUAAUGGACUUGGAUAAAAGUCUCAAAAGUAAGCAGAUGUUUUUACAGAUACGUCUACCUUUGCAGAUGCUGUCCCAGGUUCUGCGAGCGGUCCUCAGUGAGCACUUCAAACAUGUCAUCUUCCUCCAGCCUGCGUUUAGAUCCGGUGGUGAACAACGGAUUGAGCCACCUGGAGGGGGGGACAUGAUGAAGGGAGUGAAGAGGGGGUGUCAGUCACAUAAUCACCAACAGUUCACUUCCUGGUGAUUUUAAAAAAGGGUUAUAAAGCUCAUUUUCAGACUUUAUGGUUACGUUCACACUGCAGGUUAUGAUGCACAAUUGGGAUUUUUUGUUAAAUCUUUUUGUGCGGUCGUUCACAUUAAAAUAACGAAUGCGACAUCUAAUGUGAACGGAAUGCGUCCGUGAAGUGACCCGCAUGCGCACAAAGCACAAAUUGCUUUCUGCUCCUGUUUGUGUUGUCGAACAAUGGUGAAAGUUUGUCGCAUAUUGAUGACAUUAGAUGAGCGCGACCUGAGUGUCCACGCUGCAGUCACAUCGGAUACAUAUCCGAUUUAUAUCCACAUACAAAAGAGGCCUGGGUCGGAUUUGAAAAAUCAGAAAUGCACUGUUCACACUUACAUGAAAAACUCAGAUAUGUGUCACAUAUGGUUAAAAAAUCGGAAUUGACCUGCAGUGUGAACACAGCCUGUGUCGCCCUUCUGAUAGAUUUGUUGUAACUUCUCUUCUUGUCAGAUUUGUGUCUGGGAAAACCCUCAGUUCAAGCACUUUAGAAGCCUCCUCCUCUGUUGCCAUGCAACAAAGUUGUCAUCAUUAAGGUUACUGGUGUUCCUCGAUUCAAAACAAUGAAUUAUUUAGUAAAGCUGUAUGGUUUGCUCCCCAGAUCUGACCAGACGUUCCCUUGAUUGUGCAGACACAGGUAGUGAUUUGUGCGUGUUUUUGUGUGAUUUUGGAAACGACCUGUCCCGGUACGCCUCUACUCUACUUCUUAACUCUUUUGUUUUACAAUUUGAAACUUUACCCAAGUCCAUGAAGUAGAUAUUUCAUCCAGGACUGUUUAUUUCUGCUUGUUAUCACCUUUGACAUUAAGUUGGCUCAAGUAAUUAUCUCUUGAUGAAGAGAAAAAAACUCAAAUGUACUGAUAGUAUGUCUACUUUGGGCUUCCAUACAUAUGUAAUGCUCACAGUACACAAUGUACAUUGUGUAUUUGAUUAGGAGAUAGCACACGUGUCAAAUUUAGACUUAAGUAACUACAGCAGAUGAUUCAACAGGAAACUGUCAUUACAUAAACUCUCCAGAAGCUUUCCAGUGAGGAGACAAAUCUUUAUUUGUCCAGCAUCCACUUGAAACAAGUAAAACAACUUAUUUUAACCAUCUGUGGCCCACUUGUAAACAUAGUCAGAGUUUCUUCAACUCUUCCCUCUCGUUUCUACUUUGUUCACCUCUACCUGUUUAAGGUUUAAUGCCACUGUAGGGUUGAAAUUAACACCAGGAAACUCAACUGUUGCCACACUUACAGCCCACUUGUUCAAAUCCCCCGCGAUCGGUUUGCUUUAGCUUUACCGGCCGCUUUACCAUCCGGGAAGUUUAGUCGACUUACCAGAAAAAUAUCUUGGACAAAAGGCUCGCCGUCGCUGCCGGGUUGGUCUUGGCACUCUUGAUUUCCCCCAUGGCAGCCCGCACUCACACCGCAGUUUCUUCCCAACUUUGCCCCCCUCUCAGUCACUGAUCCUCCGGGCUAUGUGGCGUGUCUUCCAGGUUCACGCAUGAUACAUGGUGGUCGGAACCCCCAAGGUGUGUUACGUCCUCCGCGAGGCACGCGAGCUAGCGGUACCGUAAGAGAUCAAAGACAGUACUUUCGAUGGCCCCGCCUCUGCUGACCUCUGAUUAGAUGACAUAUAUGGGCGCUCCAUGCUAUUGGCUGUUCAGUAUGCACUGCGUUCAGGCGAUUGGCUGAGAAUCUGACAACGCAGGCAAUUCAAUGAGCACUCUGCAUGGAGUAGUUGUAGUCAUGUACACUUUAACUUAUAUGAGGGAAAGCAAUAAAUUAAUGGUCAAUUUUACAGUGCCUUUUCACUCACACUGCUCAGUAUCUCGUUAAAUCCUGUGCAGAUAAAGUAAUACAAUAAAUACAACAACUAUGAGCACAACUAUUUGUAAAAGUCUACUUCAUAACCAACAGAAAACGCAAAAAUGCUGAAAAUAAUCACGUGAAGGUUUGAGAAACACCUAAAAUUAAAAAAAUGUUUCUGCCAAAAACAGCAAAGCAAGUUUAAACAGAAACUUAUAGACAGGGUUGGCUCUAGGGGUGCCCACAUGGUGACUCAGAACCAUAGACCGUGAUACAUGGUUGUAUUCAACCCCCCUAAAGUUAUGUGAGGCUGUGUAAAGGUCCUUUCACACCGGGACCGUUUUUUUCGUGCGAAUAUUUCGGACAUCAAUAUAUUUUUUUACCCUGUAUCCUGUCAAUACAAGCGUUCACAUCAGCGACGUUUUCCCGUCCUUUAUUUUUUCGUAUCACGGUUGAUUUUUCUAAAAUUUUGCAUACUGUGUGUCCACUUCUGACCAAUCAGAUUGCGUGUUGUUGUGAUGUCAGAUUCACUGGUAUAUCCAACAUGGCCGACCGGCUGAUUGUUUACGUGUCGGAGUACAGAGUGCUUUUUGAUAAAAGACACAAAUAUUACAAAGAUAACGACCUGAAGGAUGGUUUGUGUGCUUUAACAGUUUGCUAAACGUCUUUGUUUUAACUUUCAUCUGUGCUAAGUAACUUUAGCUCGUAAGCUAACCUGUUCAGAUACAACAUACCAUACGUAUUUUCACUGUCUCAAACUCAAUCGCGUUGCUGUCACAGCACCAUUAGGUCUCAGUUGUUACCUUACGUUUAUGGAUUAUAGUUUAAUCUGCUUAUCUGGUACUGGCCCUGACUCAGUACAUGCUAUCAUGACAGACAAACAUUUCAACACUAGAGUCUAAUCAGAACUGAAAAACAGUCAGUCUGCUGUUGUGUCAGUCUUCUCGCUUCCACCCGGGACACGUCUUUUUUUCCCCCCGGAAAGUCGCAAAAUCGCAUCAGGCUAGAUGUGUAUAGUCAGGUGCGUCAGAAUUCGCCUCCGUAUAUUUCGUAAUUUUGCGUCGUAUGUUUGUGUCAGUCCUGGUGUGUAAGGACCUUUUAAUGAAAUUCAAGCCACAUGCACACAUAUAAUGAUGCUGCUAAAUUAGAUUUGAAUGUCAAGCGACACAGUCAUUUUACGAGAAGGUGAGACAAUAUUUUGUUAAUUAACUUCGCUAAUAAUCACAAUCGGCUUUCAAAGGUGUUAGCAUCAGUUUUUAAUGAUAUUCAAAAUUAUGUUUUAUCUGCAUUACCAGCCCUUUAAAUGAAAACUUCUGGCAAGAAAAUAUUGCCUCAGUAAAUAAUUGUUUGUAUAACGCUUUUAUUUUGAUAUUUUUCACAGUUUUCAGUGUGGUUUUAUUUCCUGUACUGUAAAAAAAUCCCUUUUAUUAUAUUUCUUAAUACGUAAAUGUGAUGUUGUUCAUCCAUAUGUGUAUGGAUAUACCCGUUGCCAGCUCUGCUCAAUCAGCCCCCCCUGUUUUGGUCCAUCCAGUCCAAAAAGUCUAGCUCCGUCCCUGCUGAUAGAAUAUAUUGUUUAGUUUUUUUUGUUUGUUUUUUUUUUCGUUUUUUUAAAUCUAAAUCUGUGGCAAAAAGUGAUAUAGUUCAAUGAUCUACUCCAGUUUUUUAAGAUUACGAUUAAGUAUCAAACUUUCUAAAAGUUCACUUAUUAAAACAUUUAUUUUAGAUAUUUUUUGUCAUUUAAGCUCUUUUUGAUUGUGGAAGUUUUCAUUUUGCAUUUCUCUCUUUUGUUUAUCUGUUUUCUCUGGAACAAAAGGCACAUUUCCAAGAAGUUACUCUCUUCAUAGGAAAAAGUUUUUUUUUUCUCUUUUAGACAAACUUCCUCUCCUGUGUGGUCUUUGACCUCCAUUGUGUCAGAGUUACUCAGCAAAAAUUCCACUGAUACCCUCUGUCUCUCCGUCUGCUGUUUUGCUCCACGCACAGUCACACACAGUUUUUUGUGCAGUCACAAAGUUUGGUUGACUUUAUCUCAUGACUGCAAAGUGUGUCACACAUGAUAAGAGGAAAUGUAGUGAGUGCAUCCUAAUAUGUGUGACCUGAAUUGAACAAUGUAGGACAUUUCCUUAUUAUUUUCAAACACGGAAGUAAAUAACAACAUAAAUUUCCCAAUCAAGCUUAUAAAUCGCUACUUUAUCAGUUUCUCACACUCAAUAACUUUCUGAUCCCAUACACCAACAAAAGAGAAACGUGAAGAACUCCCACGCAGAGGAUAUCCUAUAAAUAAAGAGCAGGCUGUGGGUAACAGACGCCCUCAAAAACACUCCAGGUGCUUCCCACUCUCAAGUAAAAGGAAAUAAAAUAAUGAGAUAAAACAUCUCCCUUUAAAUAAACAAUCUCCUUUGUAACCCCAAUUCCCAUCACUCUGCUUUUUUAUUGUUCAGGACAACUUCAGAGAAAUGCUAAGGUGAACUAUUGCCCUUACACUGACAGUAUGUCGUGAUAACAGACUGAAGCGACCCUGGCCCUAUCACUUCCUGCUUUAUUCUCCCGUUGAUGUUUAGCUAGCACCGACUGGGAAGAAGGCUGAAGGAGAAAAGCCAGCAGGCGAUUAUUAAGCAGCUGAACGUGGCCCAAUAACAUUUAUUUGCUUAGGAACAACAAUCUGUUCCCAUGCUACCCCAGCUGAGAGACAGGCCUGGUUUUCCUUCUCAUGUUGCCAGGUCCUUUGAGCUCUUUGGUUAAAACAAAGCAAGAAAUCCCUACUUUAUUUCAGAGUAGUUACUUCACAAGGCUAAUGCAGGAUGUUCUAUUGUUCUGCUGCAGAAUAAGUAAAGGAUUAUUAGUCGCCCUGUGUGCAGUUCAAUUGGACCAGUUUCAUCAGCCGCACUUACAGUAGGCUAAAUUAAAACAGCUGACAUGUUGAAUUUCAUUUUAGCAUUGAAAAGAAAUAUAACAGAUAAAAUAAAUGCGAAAAUAUAACUGAGGUUAGUGAUAACUUUGCUUACUUUCUUUAUGUUUAUCCUAGUUUUGCAGGUCGAGUCUAAGACGUCGAGCUUGGGGCAUGUUAGUAAACAAAUAUUUGAGUUUUCCAUGAACACCAAAUAUGACUGAGGCUGGUGAGGUUGUGUUCACUAUCCAGAAGCAAAAAAGGGAAUUUUGCCAAAAUUAAAGGGUCAGUACAAGAUAUAAAUGGGUUAUCCUGUGCCAUGUUGAGACAAAUUAAUUAUCUUGUAAGCGCAAUAUAUGUAUCAUUUAGGCACAGGUAAAAAAAAAUAGCUCCUUGGUUCCAAUUUUCACUUUUUAACCUUUGUAGGAUCUCAGUAAAAAUAAUUGAUAUACAAAUGAUUGAUUUCAUCCCCAGAGGAGCACAAAUAUCUGAGCAAACAUUAACUAAGUUUCUUAGUAAGUCAUCCAUUUUCAAAGCUUUGAAAGCAUUACACCCAAAUAUACAAGCGCCAAUCUUAUGGUGACACUAAUGGAAACGUCAGAUCGCCAAAGGUAAAUAGAGUAAUUAUCUGGAAACCAGGAAAUUUGGAACAAUGUGACAAUACAUCAACAAGCUGUACAGUUAUUACCUGUUGUUGGUGAAAACAUGUUCUGACGGUGUUGCAUGAAGAUAAUAUGGCUUAACACUCAGUCUGCAUCCUCUGGGGACUUCAUAAGACCUAAUCCAGUUAACAGACCUGAACUAUAAUGGCUUGGAGUACCUUGGCUGCCUACUGUUAUAAUGACAACAAUGAAUCAGAGAAAAUGUGUAAAAAAAGGAAAGAUGAUCACUUUAUUUUAACAGUUCCUUAUAAACCUGGAUUGUGAGUUAUCUAUUGAGUACUAUAGAGUUGUCAUGUUAGUAUAAUACCACCUGAUUUAGUUCUAACACAUAGUUGUGCAUUCAGCAUUAAGCAGUGAUCACCGUCCCCCUGAGAUGAUCACGAAUCACCUCAUGUCCACGUUAAUAAAAACAAGCAGUGUCAUAGCAAAUGGAAAAGAGACGGUCAUCUUUUUCUCAUAUUAAGGUCUACAUGGGAUGUCAUCAACAGGUCACUGCUGAUAACAACCUGUUCCUGUCGCUUCUCUUUCAUUAGCAGGUGUAUAGGAUUAGGGUCCCCUUUGAGACUGCACAGCAACAGCGGCCUUGGAAACACUGCAUCGAGGCCUCGACUCUCUGGAGAUUUGGGUAACAAUGCUCUCAGACCCUCUCGCUGUCGUUUACAGAUAUUUUAACUCAUGGGGUCAGUUUCCAAUCCCCUGUCUUUGAAAUCAUGCAAGUGAACUCCAAAAGCCAAUUUUGCUUUGUCAUUUCAGAGUUUCGAGGUAUGAGUAAAACUUUCAUCAUUUACCAGCAUGAGCUUUCCCCUAAAUCUUACACUGCUUUACAACAGCAGUUUAACUUUCUGUUAUGAUUACCCUGACUCAUCCUCCUGUCCCCCUUUCCCCCUCCCCCUGCAAAACUCAAAGUUCAACCCUCAAACAACACUGUGAUAGUUACUUAACCUAUGUGAACCAAGACAGGAAACAAGCACUAAAUCCCACAACCCGGCCAAAGGGGUAUUUAUUACUUUGGCUUCCCCAGGUAAUCUCGCUGUUACCCAAAAUUACAGUAACGGAUUGAAUCAUGUCGUUUAAUAGUAAAUCAGAUUAUGUCUGUGUAAUCUACAUGCUCCUAAAACAACAAAAGGCUCCAGCACAGAACAAAACAUGACAACCACAGUGAUAAGAUUACUGCUCAGGAGAACAGCAGCCUUAUGAAACAAUGUUUGUCUGCAGUCUGCAAUAGAUAUAAAAAAACGAGAUGAUACAAGCCAGAGUAAACAUGAAACUUGGCUAAUGCAAGAAAAGAUUAAGCUCAACAUAAGAAAACACAUGCUUAGUUACAAUAAACAAGCUGCUGUAAUGUCAGAGAGCAUGUUACAGGACUUUAUGUAACUUUUACUGAACAAUAUCCUCUGCUGUCACAAGGGACAGUUACAGGACAGUGUAAAAUGUCAUGAUAGGAUAAAGUAACACAUUUAAAAAGGGUCAUAAAGUCAGCAAAACGCCAGUGACCCAGCAGUGUCUGACUCAGGGUUGCAAAUGUUUGUGAAACUCUACAGUGAUACACACAAAUAACUUCAUUAUGCAAACAAAACAAGACAACAAAAGCUUUUUUAAAUUAAAUAUUUACCAGGCAUUAUUUCAUCUUUCAUGUUUGCUAACAGUAGUGAGGACAAGCUAGCAACAGCUUCACUAACAACCAGAUGAAAAUCCUCAAUCCUCAUAAAAUGAAAAUUGAUCAUUUCUAUUAAAGAGAAUUUUACACUAGAGCCUGUGAAUAAACAUGAAGAGCUUCAACUCCAUAACUAGAGAAAUGUGGAAAUACUGAGUGCUGAAAGCCGAGAAAGCAAUGUUAAACCGCCAAUAAAAAAUGGAGGACGGUAUGAAAGGAAAAACUGUUGGAAAGGUGGAGUAGAAGAAGAAGAAAUUGUAUGAAUGGAAGAAUUGUUGAAUAGCUGAAGGUAAAUUAGUUGAAUGAAUGUACAAAUUGUAUAAUAGCCUAAGUGAAAAACGUAUAUGACUUAUGUAAAUAAACAGAACUGAUAAUGAUAAUUGAAUUUGAAAAACAAAUGCCUUAAAAAUAAUGUGUAACAAUGUUCCCAUUAAAUGUACAAAUCAUAUGGUACAAAUACUAAAACAGAUUUCUGCAGCAUCCAACCAUAGUAACUUGAGAAUGCAGAACAGCACCAUCUGUUGCCGUGCUUCAGUUACUGCCCUACAUACGAAUGUAGAAAGUAUGAAACAGCUGAAGUUAAAGUAAUUGUAUAAAAGUAGAAGGUAAAGAAAAGUAGAAGUAGAAGAAUAAGAAGUUAUCAUGUUAAAAGAGUUAAAGACACGAACUGACACAACAAAGUAAAUUUUGGGGGUAUAUUUUCUACUGACAGCAACAACAACAAUGUUAACAACAACAAUAACAAUAACAACUACAAGAAUAAUAACAACUACAACAACAAUAAUAAUAACAACAACAAUAAUAACAACAAUAACAACUACAAGAAUAAUAACAAUAACAACAACACCAAUAAUAACAACAAUAACAGCAAUAAAAAACAAUAAUAAUAAUAAUAAUAAUAAUAAUAACAAAUAAACAUGAGAAUAACAAAGUUGUUGCAACACUCCCUCUUUGGCCACUAGAUGGAGCCAUACAACUGCUAGACAAUAAACUAUAUCAGACCAGUGUGAAAUCAUGCUCUCUUUCUUUGCACUUCCACUUAUUCAGUGUUGGAAAUAGAAUUUAAAGUUUAAAUACUCAAUGAAUUAAAAAUCUGUGAGAACCGAAACAAAAGCAGUUACUCCGAAAACACGUUAUUUACUCUUUCAAUCAAUCGACAGCCCACAGCUUCCCAUCUCAGUUCCUCUUCUUGUGUUUCUUUCCUGUCAGAGACUUUUCAGAUCCUUUCAAUUAAAGACUUCCUCCUCCUGCAGAUCUCCUUGCAGACCCCAUGCAUGCAGUGUGGAGUGAUGACUCGUGUGUGCACCCCUGCACCCUCCCACCACCACACACACACACACAAAACACAACAUACAACUACCUAUUGUGCUUUAGUGGGGAAUAUGCAAGUAAAAGUCAAAUGCUUGAAUGAGCAGGUGAAGGAGAAGCUAAAUUCACUCUGACGCACUUGUCUUGGGUCGGCACUCCCAUCAAGAUCUCGAUUCCGUCUCAGUUUGGACCUCCAGAUUAUAGAAAAAAUGGGCAACAUGGCAACAGAGAUUGUUGCCUUUCUCCUCACCAUUGCAGGUUGGAUUCUGGUGUCAUCCACUCUGCCCACAGACUACUGGAAGGUGUCCUCUGUGGACGGGACGGUCAUCACCACAGCUACGUUCUGGUCCAAUUUAUGGAAAACAUGCGUGACUGAUUCAACUGGAGUAUCCAACUGCAAAGACUUUCCUUCGAUGCUGGCUCUGGAUGGUGAGUUUUAAGAAGACCAUGCUGUGAUUUUGUCCUUAUGGGUUUAAACUGUUUUAUCUUUCUACCCUCAUUGAAUGCAAUUUCUCUUGUGAGGGAAGCACUGACUGUAAUAUUUCUCCAUAUCCUAAUUGGGGGUGCAAUUUCUAUGCUAUACUUUAUUUACUAUACUAUAUUUCCAGUUCCACUAAAAUCUCUGUUUCUGUUCAUGAAACCAUAGCAGCUUAUUCUAAGUGUCUUAUUUCUAAGGUAAAGGUUAUAAAUGUUAUUUCUACAAAGGUGCAUGUCCGGCUGCAUUCAUUGGCUUCUGCAUAGGUAUGGAGCUUUGGCGUAUGUUAGGGCAUACAUUCAGCUCACAAGUAUGAAUCAGUCUAAGGAAAUGUGUAAUUAAACUGUGAAGCCCAAAAAUCCGGAGUGUCCCCUAGAGGCAGGCUGCAGUAAAGGUCACAAGGCUUGCUUACUAAUUUUUAAUUAAAUUGCUCAGUACAAGGUAAAUAGAUUUUCUCCCUUGUUAAUUUUGUCAUUGCAGUUAAAUAAACGUUAAACUUUAAUUGGUAAAUUUAUGUACGUUUACUUUCAUUUCUUAAACCUCUUUUCGCAGAGAUCCAAUUGAUAUUUUUAUCCUUCAAGCUCGUCCCUGGUCUUCUCACCUGACAGAAUUUAGCUAAAUCUCCAGCUGUUUGGGCUUUUUUUCAGAAAAGUAUCUGGACUUCGGUGUCCUGAAUUUGUCUUUUGUUGGAAACUGUAAGGUAAUCAUUCGUGAAAGCGGCUUUAGUGAAAUCUGGAACAGUAUCACGCAUGUGGGCCUUUUAAACGUUCACAAAAUUAGACCUUUGGGUAGAAAAAUAAAAUCACCUCCCUUCGGCUAAACAAAUGCAAGGACUUGACAUAACUGCAUAUCCAAGCCAGAGGGACUGUUGGUGAUGGUAAGAAAGCACUAACCUCUCUUCUCCAUUUCUCGUGAAGCCUAUAUCCAGGUGUGUCGGGGUCUGAUGAUCUCCUCUGUGUGUCUGGGUUUCUUUGGUGCCAUCCUCGCCUUGGUCGGAAUGAAAUGCACGAAAAUAGGAGGCUCGGAGACCACCAAGGCUCGUUUGACCGUCCUUUCUGGCGUCCACUUCAUACUCAGCGGUAAAACGAUGCUUGAUCCAAGUCUGGAUUUAACUGCAUUACAUAAUCAUCUCAAAGGAACCGGCUAUGUAAUAAUUGGUAUAUUUCCCCUUUUUAGGCCUUUGCUGCAUGACUGCAUGCUCCAUAUACGCACACAGGAUCACAACUAACUUCUUCGACCCCCUCUUUGUCGCCCAGAAGUAGGUAUUCAGAUUAAUUCAGAGUAAACUUGAUUUAACACCUGUCACACAUACUUUCUGUUUUUCAUUUUUAACACUCAGGUUUGAGCUCGGAGCGGCUCUCUUUAUCGGCUGGGCUGGAUCCGUGCUGUGUAUCCUCGGAGGACUGGUCUUCUGCCUCUCCCUGUCUGAAGGCUUCAGUAUAAGGCAGGUUUGCUUGACUCUGAAUUAGACAAUCAAAAUAAUUACUUUAACUGUACUUAGAGUUGGAAUAGGCCAGUAAUCUCUCUCAACAUCUUGUCUCAUAAUCGCUGAACCUACAAGGCAAAUUGUACAACCAUUAUUUUGAUUCGGUAUGUGGAGGCUGAUGGCUGAAUGUUUCCUUUGUUACAAAAAUAAGGACUCUUAAGAAAGAGGGAAUGUCACCUUGACGAAGUGCUCUUAAAGGGAAGUUUUGUUAAAGGAAACAAACUUUUUAUUUCAGCGAAGUCCUUACUCAUGAUUUGGCUGUGCUCAGUCCUUUUUGGCAUAUUGCUGGUUGUAGAAAAAGCUUUAGAGGGAAAAAAAGAACAUAUUCAGCAAUAAUUAACAGGAAUUUAUUUGAAACAGGGGUGUUUCAAAUAAAUGAAUUCUUAUCGUGAACUACUAGUGCCACAAUAAAAAUACAAUAAUGUGUUAGACACAUGCCUUUGAAAAAUGUUAUCAAACUAUUUUGUCUGUUUGAACAGGCUCUUUGUUGCUUUAUCACUUACAAGCGCUUACCCAUACCUCAGAUACUUUUUCUAAACUCUUAACACAGACUCACACCUACAAAACGCACUUGGCCAAAUGGAUAAUUUUCUUCUCAAAAACACAUUUUGUUAAAUAUACAGUACAGGCCAAAAGUUUGGACACACCUUCUCAUUCAAUGCAUUCUCUUUAUUCUCAUUACUAUUUAGUAAUAGUAGAUUCUCACUGAGGGCAUCAAAAUUACGAAUGAACACGUGGAAUCAUGUGCUUAAGAAAAAAGUGUGAAAUAACUGAAAACAUGUUUUAUAUUUUAGAUUCCUCAAAGUAGCCACCCUUUGCUUUUUUGAGAGCGCUGCAAACUUUUGCUUUUCUCUUAAUGAGCUUCAUGAGGUAGUCACCUGGAAUGGUUUUUACUUCACAGGAGUGCCUCGUCAGGGUUACUUCGUGAUUGACAGUCAGUCACUAAGUUCUUCUGUCAUCAAGAGCAAAGGGUGGCUAUUUUAAAGAAACUAGAAUAUAAAACAUGCUUUCAUUUAUUUCACACUUUUUUUAUAAGUACAAAAUUCCACAUGAGUUCAUUCAUAGUUUUGAUGCCUUCAGUGAUAAUCUACAAUGUAAAUAGUGAUAUAAAAAAAUAAAGAAAUUGAAUGAGAAGGUGUGUCCAAACUUUUGGCCUGUACUGUAUACUAACUCUUUAUUUCAAAAUAGAACACAUCUAUCUCUGCACAUACUAACUUCAACAAAACACUGGAAAUCUGACUCAAAAUGAAAUUAUUCUGUCGUAGAAAAACACUUUUUUUCACUUCAUAAAGUACAUGCAGUCAAUCAAAGUACACCAGGGUUAAAAAAACUGGCUAUUUCUGACAUUACAAAAACUGCAGAGACUUUUAUGUUUCAGUUUUACAGGUAUUUGCAUACAAAACAUGUAAUCCACCAUUUUUACACUAAAUUUCUUGGUUGGGAACUGUAUGUCCAUAUGUAAUGUUCACAUACGAAAGCAUUCCAGUAAAAAGCAAAUCUUUUUUUUUCCUUUAUUGUUAACUACAGGAGGUACAGUAGAAAUACCGUUUACGAUAUGAUAGAACAGAAAAAGUUUUACAGUGCUCCUGCGAGUCUCCCUGGACCCCUUGCUCUUCCUCUUCCUCAUCCAGACAUUACAGUGUCUGUCUUUUUCUGUCACUCCUCAAAGUCCUCCUUUUAAACUCUGCCACUGAGUCUAAGCCAGACUGGAAUCAGCUGUGGUUGGCACCAAUAUACCCAACAUAAAUCAGCUGUGUGUCAAUUAUUCAAUUGAUCGUUUAUUAUCAACUGAGAUUUAUUUGUUUUUGAACUGAUAUCAUUGCAGAGGCAGAGGUUUUUAUACUCUAUCUAAGGUUUGGAAUAUUGUUGUUGCUAUUGUGGGAUGUUUGGUGUUAACAUUCGUAAAUAAUACAAAAACAAUCUAUAGUUUUGUUGGGGGGUAUAGUUUGUCUGUUAAGAAAAUGUGUUCACUGACUGAAUAUUGUGUGAAAACAACAUGAAAUGUGUGAACAGUAUGGCCACAGAAGACCAAUGCUGUGCUAAUUGUGUUUACAGUUUUAAAAAUGUGACAACUGGUUGGACAAACGCUUGUUUGCAACUGAAAAAAAGAUGUAAUAACAAAAGAAACAUUGAUGUUAAAAAGAAACAUACUAUAAUGCUGUGCAACUACGUGUUUUAUCAACAGAGGUGGUAGUGGUUCCUUUCCUGUUAAAUAGAGCAAAGACAGUAACAAGCAAUUUAAAACAACUACAUAGAAAUGUUAAGUGUAGUCAUUUUUUAACACCAGCUAAAACUCCUUUCAUUAGCUUUAAUUUUUGCUCAUUAUUGUUGUUUCAGGGCUGAAUACACUUACAGAGGAUCUGCAUCAUUUGCGCCAACCCGCACCAAACUCAGCAAGACAGCGAACAGCCUCCCUAAAGAGCAAGUGGAGCCAUCGAGACAGUUUGGAAGGAAUGCUUACGUGUAAAUUUGGACUGUUUGUCGAUGUCAAAGGGUUUUUUUUUUUAAGGGAAUAAAUCCUGGAUUUGUAAUGUUCAAACAAAAGAUAAAUCACAUGUGCCUGAGAUCUAUGAAAAACGAGUUCAGAAAGUGUAAUGAAUACAGGGUAUGUUCCAGUUUUGACUAUUAACAGUUAAAUUAAUCUUAAAAUAUAGUGAUUUUUUUGUAUCAUAUCUGUCAGUGGCCUGUGUGAAAGAGUUUUUUUUUUUUCUGUCUUUUAAGGCAGGAAAUUUGAUUUGGCAGAAAACACUGCUCAAACUCCUGGGUCACCUUCAACAAGCUGGCCUUUCUUGCCUGUCUCACAUACACAUGGUGCUUAAAUAACCAUGAAGUCAAACACACUGAGAUCAAUAUUUGAAGCAGUUGAG